CUGACAGUGCUGCAGAAGAUUCUGGACACGGCAGCAGAAAAGACAUGGCAGGUGACAUCAGUGAACCUGGACAGCGGUAUGGAUCAGGCGGCCUUCCUGAAGGUGGUUCAGGACCUAGAGAAGAAGAAGGAAUACAACAUCAUCCUGGACUGUGAGCUGGAGAGACUCAACAUGAUCCUCAACCUGGUAAAUAACAUUGGAUUGACAGACUGUCCAGUAAUGAAAAGGGAGAUAGAUGACUAUCAAGAGGUUAAUGAAUGAAGCGAUCGUCUGUAAACUAGACACAUUACUUCAAUGAUUGGAUGGGAUGGGUUCAUUCCAACAAGAGGACCACUCAGCUAGUGACAAAAUAACAUUUUCUCCUCUUACUUAAGUUUUCCAACUCAAACUAUUGACAAGGGUUCAGGUAGCCCUUUACACUUUUGGGCAAAAAUGUUGUUGUCUGAGUAAGGGAAAUGCUGUAAAGUACGAGGACUCGAUGUAUUUUGAAAGAUGAGACGUUGAGUAUUAUAAUAAAUUCUGCUUUAAUGUCAAAUGUCCAAAUGUGCACUUCACAUUUCCAUAUCAUAAAACUCAUGUAAUAUACAAUGUAAAUGUACAGUUACAGUUACAAGAUGCCAUGAUGUUAUACCCUGGGUUGUCCUGAACAGAAUGAGCCUAUGUUUGUUGUAUUGUGAAGAAAAUGUGCUGUGGACCACGCAUCUUAAUGCAUUAUUGACUCCAUUCUAUAUGUACCAUAAUGACAAUCUGCUUCUCUGAAUUGCCUUGUGAAAGCCCAACACUGUAAGAUAAUAUUUUAUAAUUUAACUAGUCAUGUUGGCAAUAGAACACGCUUCAAAUUAUGCCCCCCCUGACCCAGACUGCGAUUUAUAAUGGACCGUUUUUAGAUUGCGUAAACAACAGUAAUUGUGUAAAGGCGGGGAUGCAGGGUUGUGUUCCAAACUAAACUACAGGUGUGCUUGCUCUAGUUCCUAAACGACACAGCUAGGAGACCUCAAAAAGCACCUUAUAGUUGAAGACUCUUCUUUGAGUCAUAGAACUGCAUUGAAAUUACUUAGGAACUGUGCACACUUUGGACAGUUCCUACCCCAAAUUUUCCAAGAAUAUUCUUAUCAUGUUACUGAAUGUAUCCCGAGUAUUUUCAGAUUUAGUUAUCAACAAAUGCAGCAGAAACUACAGUAAAUAUACAAUUCACAUAAAAUCAAAAGCGUAAUGUUUGUAUUCCAUCUUGUGUCAGGUGAACUGUUGUGUCCUCACCUUUAGUCUAAUAAUUUUCCCAUAAUCUCCAAACUGUUCCAUUUUAAAAUUGUUACCAUGGUUAUGCAUAUGCUUUCCAUAUUUAUUCUGUAAGAAACAUUUCAAUUUAGCCCUAUCCAUAUAGGCCAAUUCCGCUGAGUGUAAGGGGUUAAAAGGGUUCAGUUUGAACACAUUGUGUAGUGUUGUUAGUGUCUCUGUGCAAUACUUUGCCAGUCUCUGUGGACAGGGGACAGGGAACAGUGGAGAGAGGUCUGUAAUGAAGAGAAAGAUACAUUCUUAGAUUCUAUGCUGCUGCUGAAAGAUCAUACCAUCAGUCAGUUCUCUAGGAACAACAUUGUUCCCUGGUACCAGUUAUUUACUGCACUGGAAAUGUCAUCACCACAGAGAGUAUAGCUGGACUAAAACUAUUUAAAAAUAUGUAUCUAAUUUUUAUUUCAUCUUUCAAAGCCAUCAAAGAAAACCUUUUUAUAAAUGUAGUGUAUCUUGUUUGGGGGAGAGAACAGUUCCUUUGAGCUAUUUUGAAUAUGUAAGAUCUCUUUAGUACUGUCUUUUUCAUUGGACAGAAGCUGUAUGCGGAUGUUAGAAUAUUCUGACAUCAACAUGAAGAUAUUGAGCAGAACAGGCCCUGUACUCAUACAUGCUCCUCUGUGUCCACUGUGCCAACAGGUCACCCAAUUCUGAUCUUUUGCCAAUUAUUGGAAAAUCUGAGAUUGGCUGCCUGUGUAAACACAGCCAUGGUGUCUGAAUAGCAGAGAGCUAGUUUAAUGAGUGUGUUCACAAACACGUAGGUUUCAGAUGAGCAUUUGGAAAUCAGUGGUCAGGCUCAAUUAACCCUGACGGCUGCUUCAUUUUGUGUCCCCCAGCCAGAGGCUGUCCCGGGCCUGUCCAUCACAGGUGUACUAGUGAUUUGCACAUGUAGUCAUUAAAGCUCUAAUUGGGCUUCCCACAGUGACAUAUGACAAAUCAUUCCCAGCCCUCCACGGUGAGUUGUUCCAGCUGCCCCCUUUCUGCUGUGCCCUGAUAUUUUACUCAGACAUGCAGGCAGAGAUGGGAGAUGAGCAAUUAAUUCCUCAAAGAUGGGACCAAUUAGCUCCUAUUUUGGGAGGACCACAAUUAAUGGGACGCUUCAAUCCACAUCUGUAUUGAAAUAGCUUCAUCUUCAUUAGACGGGAUGCAAAAUGCUUGAUUCAAAUCAUUUCCCCUUCUAUUAUGCUUUCCAGAUCGCUGCUCAGAAGAAAAACCUCAAAAAUUACCACUACAUAUUGGCAAACCUGGUAAGUCUGGCCCUCUCUGAAACGAUGGAAGCUUUAAUGCAAUAUGCAAGCUCCAUUGCAUAAUAACAUUUCAUUGUUAUUUAUUUUCAAUCUAUUUCAAAUGUAGAUAUUACUGAAAUUCCCAGUAAUGAGAACACUACUGUGACAGUGGUAUGAAUUUGUGUUUUGUUCACGACACUACAGAUGCCACAGUAAGAAUUAAAACUCCAUCCCCACUGAAGGAUCAAAAACUUUUAAACACAACUGUAUGCAGAAUUGAUAGAAACCGAUUGUUUAGACUAAUCAAUGGUGGCGUUGUUCCAUGUGUUGAUGCCUCUGUAUCUGACUGACUGUAGCUCUUCUGCUUGUCUAUGCAGUACACAAUGUAGACAGAUGGCUGAUUACCCGCUGAGCAAGUGAAUGAUCAUUUCUACUCCUGCAAGGCAUUGCAAGGCUCUGAACUUUUUAUGUGUGGGAAAAUGUGUGUGCAUGCGUGCGUGUGUAAGGGUGUGCAUGUAUACACUAUACUUGUGCUUAUAUAUUUGGUAUUUGAAUGUCUGUGUGCUUUUUUUCUUUGCAUAACUAAACAGAAGUUAGUCCUCCAUUAUUCAUGGAAUCAAUUCAUUGCUUCAUGUUUAUAUUCAUUGGCCACCAUCACUUUAUUAUUGUUAGUAGGCUAUCCUUAAUUGAAAUGAUAAGCACUGUGAUGUAAAUCAAAUUAAGCAAGGACCUUAUGAGCUCAUAGUACAUACAAGCAAUAGUAGGCAGAAGGGACUACACUUCUGCAUUUACACUUACUGUAUCUAGGUGUACUGUAGCAUAGUUGCUUCCAUAGAAAUAGAAGUGUAGUGUCUAGUAAGUUAUUGUAUUUCUAUGGUUGCCUCUCACGUUAGCAUAGCUUCAUACAGAGAUCUGAAGUCAACUGUCGCCCAUGAGGCAACAAGCGAGAAUCUUGCUCUAGUGGUAUGUUCGGUAUACUUUUGGGUGUGUUAUACACAGUACUUCUUUAGGAGAGGAUGCUGUAUGUUUGGCUUGAGGUUGCAUGUCAAGAGCAUGGUUUAAAAGUGCACUCCAGAGGGCUCAACUCAGAGAUCUGGAAACAUUUGUGGUAGACCUCAUAAUUGGGCUGUGAAACACAGAAGAAAAAAAACAGUGACUUCACAGGCAGGAUUGUUAAAUUCAUAAUUGGAUUGUGCCAUAGGAAAAAUAAACCCCAAAACUGCAAUUGUACAUGUAGGAUUUCUUAGUUUUUAAUUGGAUCCGGUAAAGGGGGGUUGGGGGGGGGGGGCUGUCAACUCUAAAAUAAUGAUGAUCAUAAAGGCUGCAAGAUGCAACACUCUGUGUGAGUAGGAUCCCUGCGGUUCAUUACCAUGGGAGCUAUUUGCUGGAGGGGGGCACACACACACAUGCUCAUGCACACACACACACAUAAACUCACAAACACACUCACACUCCCUCUCUUUAUUGAUUAAGCAUGGCCUAUGUAACAAGACUUGAUCUUAGUUAUCAACCUAUGAAGAUUCCCUAAACUUCCAGAACUGUUCUUAUUAAUUAUAGCCUCAGGGUAAGAAUGAAAUAUGUAAUAUGUGACUUUUUAUCAUUCAAAGAAAGCAUUAAAAUAAUGUUUGCUGAAGCCUGUUUCCGAGGCAAGCUGCAGUGUGACUCCAGAUGGGAGGUGUAAUGUAGUUUGAUGCUCUUAGACUCUGGAGACGCAGGUAAUUAAAUGCAAAUACGGUCAGGGGAGUCUCUCCCACUUGGUUGCCCACCAUAUCUCUAAGUCAAUCAAAGAAACCACUAGGAACAAUUCAAUUUAAAGUUCCAAUUUCAAGUCCUCAGGCAAUUUGAUGUGUGUCUGCUGUAUGGUUUAGUAUGCACACUUCCCCACAUGCUCAAAUACUGUGGGAGUGCUGUCCUGUGUUUGACUUGAAACUAAUUUUUUAUUCUAUCUUUGCAAUAAUAUAAGUAGUCAUAUUUGAAAAUCAAUAUAGCAAAAGAAGGCAGAUUAAGUUGAAAAGACAGCUGUGGAGAUUGCUUGUCAAACUGUAGAAAAGUGGUUUUCAUCUUGUGCUUCAUAGAUUUGUAAUGAUUGCCUGGACUUUUAAUCUCUGGCUUCUCAAGGGGGGUUGAACAGCUGAGUAGCAGCUCUGAGAAAUCAAAACUUUCAAUACCAGCACUCUGAAAAGAGACUGUCAUACAAUUAUCUGCACCAUCAUUACGGCUGGGCCAUUUUUGGCUCUGUUUUGUUUAAUUAGCUCAGGUUUGCUUCUUUCAAAGCUUGCUUCUUUCGAUUCCUUCUUUCCUAGGGCUUUUUGGACAUGAACUUCACUGAGUUCCAGAAGAGUGGUGCCAAUAUCACCGGGUUCCAAAUAAUGAACUACUCAGACGAAAACGUCAGCAAGGCCAUAGAGGAGUGGGUGGACUUUGACAGCAAAGACCUCAAACAACCCAAGAGAAGACUGAAGGUAUGAUCGAACUGUCUCAUUGUUCAGAGAUCUUUCCAUUAAAGUUUUCAAGGUUACAACAAACAUAAUUUAUAUGUAAGCCUCUAAUGUUACCUCCUUGGAUUUGCCCUCUCAGUACACAGGAGCCCUCACAUACGACGGAGUGAGCGUCAUGGCCACUGCCUUUCAGAACCUUCGGAAGCAGCGUAUUGACAUUUCCCGGCGAGGUAAUGCUGGCGAGUGUCUGGCCAACCCACCAGCUCCCUGGGGCCAGGGUAUCGACAUCCAGAGAGCCCUUCAGCAGGUAGGCAGUUAGCAUCACUCACUCCACAGCCACAGCUGGACGACAAUGACUAGGAUUCAAACUCAAUACUAGCCGCACAGGCAAUUAAUCAUGUAUGACUAUGAGAAAUACUGUACAAUACAAUAAAAUACAAUGCAAUAUAUUACAAUACAAUACCAGCUUAAUUAAGUACUAUUGCGUUAAAACCCUCAGUUUCAGGCCCACCAACAUUUUAAGAAACAGCAAUUGCAAACCUAUGAGCGAUAUGUAUUCCUUAGAAAGUUAUCUUGUGACCUGGAGACUUAUAUUUAAAAUAUUAUGUUAGACAGCAUGCAAUGUCAACACAACCAGCUGGUAAUAUUAGAAUCCUUAGAUAGCAAUCUUGUAUUCUUGAGAUAAGAAAAAUUAUGUUAUGCUAUUUUUGCUUGUAGCUAUGAUGAUAUAUACAGUAUUGUGUGAAAAUAUAUCAGAUGUUGAUUUCUUUGUGUACUGUACUUGAAAAGCCUUGAGCGUUAUUCGUUAUUGAGAUUCCAGGUUGCACGUAUCUCCUAGUUAGCCGUUCUUCAUACCUGGUCAAUAUCUGGUUUGCCCCACAGGUUCGGAUUGAGGGAUUGACUGGACAUGUCCAGUUUAACGAGAAAGGCCAUCGGACCAACUUCACGGUCAACGUAAUGGAGCUGAGCCCGAGUGGACCACUGAAGGUGAAUUGGGACUCGUCUAUAACCUCUAAUUAUCAAUCAACCACUUUAUCAUCCUCAGGGGAAAUCUGUUGUGUACAGUUAGAUAGUAUACUGUAUGAUAUUUGACCUAAACACAGUAGACACAGUAGGAGAAAUCCAUUAGAUUUGAUUUAAAUGUUGGAUUUAAUGUUAACAACAAAAAAUGUUUUAAAGAAAAAUGGACUGGUCAUUCACUAGGAAUAUGCCCAGCAUCAAGAACAGCUGGAGCCAAGCAAAACAGAACAGUAAAAUGAACAAAUUGGCAUUAUUUAUAAUGAGUGUCUCCAAUGUUCAUGUCAUGUCAGAAUGUGACAUACUGUAUUUGCUUUCAUAGCGUAGUUGUAGGAUUUUCAUAUUAUUUUAUUCAUAUGCAAAUAAUUUAUUUACACUGAAUCAGAAACUGAGUUACCCUAGCUUUUCGAGUUUAUAAUAUACCCAUUUAUAUUUCACAUGACAAAAUGUACACUAUAUCAGAGUAAAUACAUUAAUGCAACCAGUGGCACGUUAGCUAUAGUACUUAGUGAUCUGUGGAGCAAAUUCCUCAUAUAAUUUGGUAUGCAGGGUGUUUGUGCAUAAAGAUGACUGUAUAUUUCUCUUUAAUGUUAUCACCAAGACAGUCUUACAACCUGAGAGUAGGACAGGCUGGCCCUGAUGCACAGUAGGAGGUGUUGGUUAUCACGGAGUAUGGCUUAACGACUAGCUAGGGGAUUAACCAUAUGAGUUAAGGGAUGUGCUUAUCCCCACACUACACUACAGUGUAUUCAUAUUUAUUACACUAUAAAUAGAAGUGUAGGAUUUCUUCUGCUAUGUGUCUUGAUAUACUGUACCCCUUCUGACUGCAGGUGGGCUACUGGAAUGAGUAUGAGAACUAUGUGAACACAGCGGUAUACACGCCAGUGGUUGAAGAAUUCUUCGGACUGCAAAACAGGACCUACAUAGUGACCACUAUCCUUGUGAGUCUCACUAGCUUAACUGAAAGGCUCAAUGUUUGUAUGAUGAUAAUGUUCCAUGGACCAAAAUAGGACAGUUGUUUAAAGCUGUGUUUGGUAUGGAAACAUAGAACAGUAGAGAGUCGCUUUUAUCAACCCAUAAUAUUAAUCUGUAGCAGUAUGGCAGUGCAGUUAAUGUUACAAAGUCCUGAGAACUGUCUGUAUUUUUUGGCAUAGUGAUAUCCGCACAGCUUUGUAAACAGGAGGUAGCUGCAGCAAAAUAACAGAUACACAAAUUCUCUCAUGUUGUCAUAUGACAAUGCCCUGGCAACAGAAGCCGUGGUAUUAGUGUGUCUUUGAGGGAUGUCCCAGAAGCGGCUCUCCUGCCUGGCUAUGAAGUCUGAGCGGUCAGAGUUGGCAAGCCAGCUGAUUAUGCUCUUUCCCUUUCUGCAUGGUGACUGCAUUCAGCUCCUCCAUUGUAGCUCUGCCAUAUCAACACAUCAGAAAGGUUCAGGUCACCUCUGAUCAGGGUUGGUGAGAUCAGUCCCGGCUGCAGCACUGAAUAACACUGCCAGUAGAUCUGGCAUAAGAAAGACGGCCAGGUGGAGAGGUUAUACUGAAAAAUAGGGAUUUUUAGGUUAGAUACACAAAGGGAUAGAAAUGAGUGGCAACUAUCCCAGAUAAAUUGGAGAGUGAAUGUAUUUAAACUUUUCAUUUCGUACAGCACAUUCAUCCAUCUAAGCAAUCUCUGUUGAAAUGGUCUAUCAAUAUCAGUGGGUCAAGUCAAGGGAUCAGGGAGGGAGAGCCCUUACGUGUCUCAAAAUGCUUCUGGGCUAAUCUGAACUCUUAAUACUAUCCUUUUGAAACCACCAUCUCGGCCACACUAUGGUCUAUUUCCAGAUUGUACGCUAUGCUGUGUCCACCUAUGGCCUUGCCAUAAGGGCUGUUUUCACAGCAGCUCUGUUCUGCUUUAUCUGGAGGGCAGAGCUCCACACAGCCCCUUUACAGUCACCCAGGCCUGGCCAGCCAGAAAUAGCAGGAGCGCUGCUCGCCCAUCAGAUCUGAAUCAACCCACACUAAGGAGAAGGUGCGAGAGGGUGGCCAUGAAUAAUGCCAUUUGAAGGCCCCUUCGUGUAGGCUACACAAAUACAUUUACAUAAAUUGGUGUGAAGCCCCAUGGUCAGGGAUGUAGUGCUGCCAUAGCACGGGGGAGCGGCACUCCCUCACUUUUUUCAAUUUGAGAAUACACUGAGCUGUUAAAAAUAUUUCAGUACAUUUUAUUCUGAUAUUAUUACCACUAAGAUUAAAUGAUUAAAUGUGGUUUCUUCUUUGUCUUCUCUCUCUGGCGGGGGCGCUAAUGAUGAGUAACUGUAGGCGUGUGUGCAGAGGCCCGUCGGUCGGACACUUUACCACUUUGAGCGGGCUAAAUCCAACAUAGCAAGACAGACAGAAAACUCUACCAGGGGUUGCUAAAACGGCUGUCCUCAAAACAGUUUAUUAUGGACUUGGGGCUAAUGUACGACGCACUUGAACUCGCCCUACUGUCCGAGUGCUUAGCUUACAGAAACGUACCACCUCUAUUGCGUAUGCAGACAAACUGAUCCACCACAUGAACUUUAUCAUCACACCAACUAGAUCUAGGAUCCAAAUUCACAGCGUGUCUGCCUUGAUGUUCAUAAAACUCCACGGACCCCCUCUUGCGCAGUGGAACCCAGAAUGAUAUGUGACCACUUGGUUACGGUGCUGUCCUUUCACCACCGUGAUUCAAAGGGCUUUCAAAUCGCUUAAAAUAACCCUCAUCAAGAUACAGUGGCUUGCGAAAGUAUUCACCCCCCUUGGCAUUUUUCCUAUUUUGUUGCCUUACAACCUGGAAUUAAAUUUGAUUUUUUGGGGGGGGGUUUAAAUCAUUUGAUUUACACAACAUGUCUACCACUUUGAAGAUGUAAAAUAUUUUUUAUUGUGAAACAAACAAGAAAUAAGACAAAAAAACAGAACUUGAGUGUGCAUAACUAUUCACCCCCCCCAAGUCAAUACUUUGUAGAGCCACCUUUUGCAGCAAUUACAGCUGCAAGUCUCUUGGGUUAUGUCUCUAUAAGCUUGGCACAUCUAGCCACUGGGAUUUUUGCCCAUUCUUCAAGGCAAACCUGCUCCAGCUCCUUCAAGUUGGAUGGGUUCUGCUGGUGUACAGCAAUCUUUAAGUCAUACCACAGAUUCUCAAUUGGAUUAAGGUCUGGGCUUUGACUAGGCCAUUCCAAGACAUUUAAAUGUUUCCCCUUAAACCACUCGAGUGUUGCUUUAGCAGUAUGAUUAGGGUCAUUGUCCUGCUGGAAGGUGAACCUCCGUCCCAGUCUCAAAUCUCUGGAAGACUGAAACAGGUUUCCGUCAAGAAUUUCCCUGUUUUUCUUGAUGGCCAAAAAGCUCAAUUUUUGUCUCAUCUGACCAGAGUACCUUCUUCCAUAUGUUUGGGGAGUCUCCCACAUGGCUUUUGGCGAACACCAAACGUGUUUGCCUAUUUUUUUCUUUAAGCAAUGGCUUUUUUCUGGCCACUCUUCCGUAAAGCCCAGCUCUGUGGAGUCUACUGCUUAAAGUGGUCCUAUGGACAGAUACUCCAAUCUCCGCUGUGGAGCUUUGCAGCUCCUUCAGGGUUAUCUUUGGUCUCUUUGUUGCCUCUCUGAUUAAUGACCUCCUUGCCUGGUCCAUGAGUUUUGGUGGGCGGCCCUCUCUUGGCAGGUUUGUUGUGGUGCCAUAUUCUUUCCAUUUUUGAAUAAUGGAUUUAAUGGUGCUCCGUGGGCGUUCAAAGUUUUGGAUAUUUUUUUAUAACCCAACACUGAUCUGUACUUCUCCACAACUUUGUCCCUGACCUGUUUGGAGAGCUCCUUGGUCUUCAUGGUGCUUGCUUGGUGGUGCCCCUUGCUUAGUGGUGUUGCAGACUCAGGUAUAUAUAUACUGAGAUCAUGUGACAGAUCAUGUGACACUUAGAUUGCACACAGGUGGACUUUAUUUAACUAAUUAUGUGACUUCUGAAGGUAAUUGGUUGCACCAGAUCUUAUUUAGGGGCUUCAUAGCAAAGGGGGUUAAUACAUAUGCACAAACCACUAUUCCGUUAUUUAUGUUUUAGAAUUGUUUGAAACAAGUAAUUUUUUUCAUUUCACUACACCAAUUUCGUCUAUUUUGUAUAUGUCCAUUACAUGAAAUCCCCAAAAAAAUCCAUUUAAAUUACAGGUUGUAAUGCAACAAAAUAGGACAAAUGCCAAGAGGGAUGAAUACUUUUGCAAGGCACUGUAUGUUGCCUAUUAGUCAUUACUUAUUAUUAUUAUUAUUAUUAUUAUUAUUAUUACAAAUAGAAGCUUCUCACUUCUCACAAUGAUGCUCGGUUAGUAAAGUUAGAUCAAAGCUGAAUCAAUGUCGCGCAAGAUCACAUAAUGAUGCAUUAGUAUUUUACAUAACAGAACCAAAUAUACACUGCACAAAAAUAUAAAUGCAACAUAUAAAGUGUUGGUCCCGUGAUUCACGAGCUAAACUAUAAAAUCACUGACAUUGUCCAUACUCAAAAAAGUUUAUUUUCUCAAGAAUUGUGCACAAAUUUGUUUACAUCCCUGUUAGUGAGCAUUUCUCCUUUGCCAAGAUAAUCCAUCCACCUGACAGGUGUAGCAUAUCAAGAAGCUGAUUAAACAGCAUGAUCAUUAAACAGGUGCACCUUGUGCUGUGCACAGUAAAAGGCCAAUCUCAAAUAUGCAGUUCUGUCACAACACCAUGCCACAGAUGUCUCUAGUUUUGAGGGAGCGUGGAAUUGGCAUGCUGACUGUAGGAAUGUCCACCAGAGCUGUUGCCAGAUAAUUUAUUGUUCAUUUCUCUACCAUAAGCCGCCUCCAACGUUGUUUUAGAGAAUUUGGCAGUACGUCCAACAGGCCUCACAACCGCAGACCACAUGUAUAGCGUCGUGUGGUCAAGUGGUUUGCUUAUGUCAAUGUUGUGAACAGAGUGCCCCAUGGCGGCUGUGGGGUUACGGUAUGGGCAGGCAUAAGCUACGGACAACAAACACAAUUGCAUUUUAUCGAGGCCAAUUUAAAUGCACAGAGAUACCAUAACGAGAUCCUGAUGUCAUGCCAUUCAUCCACAGCCAUCACCUCAUCUUUCAGCAUGAUAAUGCAUGGUCCCAUGUCAAAAGGAUCUGUAGACAAUUCCUGGAAGCUGAAAAUAUCCCAGUUCUUCCAUGGCCUGCAUACUCACCAGACAUGUCACCCAUUUAGCAUGUUUGGGAUGCUCUGGAUCGACGUUUACAACAGCGUGUUCCAGUUCCCGCCAAUAUCCAGCAACUUGGGGUUGGAAAGUAAUAAAGGGAAAUAUAUUUUUUAAAGGAUAUGUGUAUGUGUGUGUGUAUAUACAGUGGGGGGGGGAGAGAAAGUAUUUAGUCAGCCACCAAUUGUGCAAGUUCUCCCUCUUAAAAAGAUGAGAGAGGCCUGUAAUUUUCAACUAUGACAGACAAAUUGAGAUUUUUUUUCUCCAGAAAAUCACAUUGUAGGAUUUUUAAUUUAUUUAUUUGCAAAUUAUGGUGGAAAAUAAGUAUUUGGUCACCUACAAACAAGCAAGAUUUCUGGCUCUCACAGACCUGUAACUUCUUCUUUAAGAGGCUCCUCUGUCCUCCACUCGUUACCUGUAUUAAUGGCACCUGUUUGAACUUGUUAUCAGUAUAAAAGACACCUGUCCACAACCUCAAACAGUCACACUCCAAACUCCACUAUGGCCAAGACCAAAGCGCUGUCAAAGGACACCAGAAACAAAAUUGUAGACCUGCACCAGGCUGGGAAGACUGAAUCUGCAAUAGGUAAGCAGCUUGGUUUGAAGAAAUCAACUGUGGGAGCAAUUAUUAGGAAAUGGAAGACAUACAAGACCACUGAUAAUCUCCCUCGAUCUGGGGCUCCAUGCAAGAUCUCACCCCGUGGGGUCAAAAUUAUCACAAGAACGGUGAGCAAAAAUCCCAGAACCACACGGGGGGACCUAGUGAAUGACCUGCAGAGAGCUGGGACCAAAGUAACAAAGCCUACCAUCAGUAACACACUACUCCGCCAGGGACUCAAAUCCUGCAGUGCCAGACGUGUCCCCUGCUUAAGCCAGUACAUGUCCAGGCCCGUCUGAAGUUUGCUAGAGUGCAUUUGGAUGAUCCAGAAGAGGAUUGGGAGAAUGUCAUAUGGUCAGAUGAAACCAAAAUAUAACUUUUUGGUAAAAACUCAACUCGUCGUGUUUGGAGGACAAAGAAUGCUGAGUUGCAUCCAAAGAACACCAUACCUACUGUGAAGCAUGAGGGUGGAAACAUCAUGCUUUGGGGCUGUUUUUCUGCAAAGGGACCAGGAUGACUGAUCCGUGUAAAGGAAAGAAUGAAUGGGGCCAUGUAUCGUGAGAUUUUGAGUGAAAACCUCCUUCCAUCAGCAAGGGCAUUGAAGAUGAAACGUGGCUGGGUCUUUCAGCAUGACAAUGAUCCCAAACACACCGCCCGGGCAACGAAGGUGUGGCUUCGUAAGAAGCAUUUCAAGGUCCUGGAGUGGCCUAGCCUGUCUCCAGAUCUCAACCCCAUAGAAAAUCUUUGGAGGGAGUUGAAAGUCCGUGUUGCCCAGCGACAGCCCCAAAACAUCACUGCUCUAGAGGAGAUCUGCAUGGAGGAAUGGGCCAAAAUACCAGCAACAGUGUGUGAAAACCUUGUGAACUUACAGAAAACGUUUGACCUGUGUCAUUGCCAACAAAGGGUAUAUAACAAAGUAUUGAGAAACUUUUGUUAUUGACCAAAUAAUUAUUUUCCACCAUAAUUUGCAAAUAAAUUCAUUAAAAAUCCUACAAUGUGAUUUUCUGGAUAAUUUUUUUUCUCAAUUUGUCUGUCAUAGUUGACGUGUACCUAUGAUGAAAAUUACAGACCUCUCUCAUCUUUUUAAGUUGGAGAACUUGCACAAUUGGUGGCUGACUAAAUACUUUUUUCCCCCACUGUGUGUAUAUAUUUUUUUUUUCUUCAAAUUUGUAUAUAUUUUUUUAUGUAUUUUUUGUAUCAUUAUUAUUAUUAUUAUUAUUAUUAUUUAUUUAUUUGUGGGGGUGGGGUGGGGGGUGGGGGUAGAAUGAUUACUUUUAUACUAUCCCAGGUAUUCCUUAAAGAGGUAGGGUUUUAAGUGUCUCCGGAAGGUGGUCAGUGACUCCGCUGUCCUGGCGUCGUGAGGGAGCUUGUUCCACCAUUGGGGUGCCAGAGCAGCGAACAGUUUUGACUGGGCCGAGUGGGAACUGUGCUUCCGCAGAGGCAGGGGGACCAGCAGGCCAGAGGUGGAUGAACGCAAUGCCCUCGUUUGGGUGUAGGGACUGAUCAGAGACUGAAGGUAAGGAGGUGCUGUUCCCUUCACAGCUCCGUAGGCAAGCACCAUGGUCUUGUAGCAGAUGCAAGCUUCAACUGGAAGCCAGUGGAGUGUGGGGAGGAGCGGGGUGACGUGAGAGAACUUGGGAAGGUUGAGCACCAGACGGGCUGCAGCGUUCUGGAUGAGUUGUAGGGGUUUAAUUGCACAGGCAGGGAGCCCAGCCAUCAGCAAGUUGCAGUAAUCCAGACGGGAGAUGACAAGUGCCUGGAUUAGGACCUGUGCCGCUUCCUGUGUAAGGUAGGGUCGUACUCUGCGAAUGUUGUAGAGCAUGAACCUACAGGAUCGGGUCACCGCUUUGGUGUUAGCGGAGAAAGACAGGGUGUUGUCCAGGGUCACGCCAAGGUUCUUUGCACUCUGGGAGGAGGACACAACGGAGUUGUCAACCGUGAUGGCGAGAUCAUGGAGCGGGCAGUCCUGCCCCGGGAGGAAGAGCAGCUCCGUCUUGCCGAGGUUCAGCUUGAGGUGGUGAUCCGACAUCCACACUGAUAUGUCUGCCAGACAUGCAGAGAUCUGAUUCACUACCUGGUUAUCAGAAGGGGGAAAGGAGAAGAUUAAUUGUGUGUCAUCUGCGUAGCAAUGAUAGGAGAGACCAUGUGAGGAUAUGACAGAGCCAAGUGACUUGGUGUAUAGAGAGAAUAGGAGAGGGCCUAGAACUGAGCCCUGGGGGACACCAGUGGUGAGAGCACGUGGUGCGGAGACAGAUUCUCGCCACACCACCUGGUAGGAGCGACCUGUCAGGUAGGACGCAAUCCAAGAGUGAGCCGCCCUGGAGAUGCCCAACUCGGAGAGGGUGGAGAGGAGGAUCUGAUGGUUCACAGUAUCAAAGGCAGCAGAUAGGUCUAGAAGGAUGAGAGCAGAGGAGAGAGAGUUAGCUUUAGCAGUGUGGAGAGCCUCCGUGACACAGAGAAGAGCAGUCUCAGUUGAAUGAGAUGGAUGUCGUCAACCUUCUUUUCAAAAUGGUUGACGAAGUCAUCCACAGAGAGGGAGGAGGAGGAUUCAGCAGGGAGGAGAAGGUGGCAAAGAGCUUCCUAGGGUUAGAGGCAGAGGAUUGAAAUAUAGAGUGGUAGAAAGUGGCUUUAAGCAGCAGAAACUGAGGAAGAGAAUGUAGAGAGGAGGGAGUGGAAAGAUGACAGGUCCGCAGGGAGUCUAGUUUUCCUCCAUUUCCGCUCGGCUGCCCAGAGCCCUGUUCUGUGAGCUCGCAAUGAAUCGUCAAGCCACGGAGCAGCAGGGGAGGACCGAGCCGGCUGGGAGGAUAGGGGACAUAGAGAGUCAAAAGAUUCAGAGAGGGAGGAGAGGAGGGUUGAGGAGGCAGAAUCAGGAGAUUGGAGGGAGAAGGAUUUAGCAGAGGGAAGAGAUGAUAGGAUGGAAGAGGAGAGAGUAGCAGGAGAGAGAGAGCGAAGGUUGCGACGGCACAUUACCAUCUGAGUAGGGGCAGAGUGAGUAGUGUUGGAGGAGAGCGAGAGAGAAAAGGAUACAAAGUAGUGGUCGGAGACUUGGAGGAGAGUUGCAGUGAGAUUAAUAGAAGAACAGCAUCUAGUAAAGAUGAGGUCAAGCGUAUUGCCUGCCUUGUGAGUAUGGGGGGACGGUGUGAGGGUGAGGUCAAAAGAGGAAAGGAGUGGAAAGAAGGAGACAGAGAGAAAUGAGUCAAAGGCAGACGUAGGGAGGAUAAAGUCACCCAGAACUGUGAGGGGUGAGCCAUCCUCAGGAAAGGAACUUACCAAGGCGUCAAGCUCAUUGAUGAACUCUCCAAGGGAACCUGGAGGGCGAUAAAUGACAAGGAUGUUAAGCUUGAAUGGGCUAGUGACUGUGACAGCAUGGAAUUCAAAUGAGGAGAUAGACAGAUGGGUCAGGGGGAAAAGAGAGAAUGUUCACUUGGGAGAGAUGUGGAUUCCUGUGCCACCGCCGUGCUGACCAGAUUCUCUCGGGGUAUGCGAGAACACAUGAUCAGAUGAGGAAAGAGCAGUAGGAGUAGCAAGUGUUUUCUGUUAUAUUCCCAUGAAACUGACUGAGAUCAAAUGAUUGGCAUGCAGUUUGGACAUUUCACCGGUAAAACGUGAAGAAUUAUCAUUCACGAUUGACAGUGAUGAUGGCCUAUUUUGAAAUUAGGUAGGCCUAUGCCUAACUUGUUCUUUAAGGAUAUUAAAAAUAGAAGAUUUUCUUAAUACUUUGUGUGGUCAUGGGCAAAUGUUGCAAUUGGAGGAUGCAUUUUAUGCAUAGGCCUAUUCUACAAUGAUAUUCAAUAUGCUACACCUGUCGGUACAAACUUUGAUUGAGAAAUGAUGACAUCCCAAAAAAAUAGCACUAUACCACUGCCCAAUGUUUGUAUAAAAGGUGAUAAAUUAUAACGUACCGUGUGUUCGUUAUCCCAAAGAAAGGUCGAAAGCUUCAUAAUAAGUGGCCCUUUUAAAAAUGAAUGAAAGAGUCAUGGUGAAUGCAUGCAAAGUGUGACGAAAAUUUCAAAAAGAACCAGACAUCAAUGUUGUCCUUCAUGUUUCCAAGGAAUCUCCAUAUGUGAUGCUAAAGAAGAACCAUGAGCAGCUGGUGGGGAACGAUAAGUAUGAGGGCUAUUGUGUGGAGCUGGCCGCCGAGAUCGCCAAGCAUGUGGGCUACACCUAUAAGCUAGAGGUCGUAAGCGAUGGCAAGUACGGAGCCAGAGAUGCUGAGUCCAAGAUGUGGAACGGGAUGGUGGGCGAGCUGGUUUAUGGGGUUAGUAACCAUCUCAUGAACAUACUGGGCACCUCACUAGGCUCUGAGAGGAUAAAUGUGUUUAUCAUACACUCUCAGACAACACAGCAGUCCAUGGAAUUCAUCCAAUGGCAAGGACAAUAAUUGCUUUUUAAUUUGACACAGCCUGACUCAUUUUUUUAUGUAACCGCUCGUUCAGUUUAUAAAGUUGCAGUAACUAAAAUAAAAUGGUACAAAUGUGGUACAAUAUUUGCAACAGUACACACCAUUGUACCAUCCUUUAUCACAACCUUCACUAUAGCUCUUCCCCAGUGAUAUGCUUCAAUAUUCAACCAGACACUACUUUAAACCUAUUUUUAACCAAACAAAUGUCUGCAAAAGACAUGUGCAAUGAUUUCAUUAGUGGGUGUUUGUCACAUACUAAAUACAUACAACAAAUUCAAUGUGGCCUUUAGUAUAACUACUGUUCUGUUGUGUUAUUUGAAAUCUGGAACACACACAGAUCUACAUUGUACAUUAUGUUGCUGCCGUAGCCAAAGGACAUACUGUAGUGCAGUUCAUUUCUUUCCAAUACUAUGUAGGGUUGACAUAAAUGAUUUGUGAUAAGAAUAACAAUGUGUUGGAGAAGUGUGUCACAGCUUGGCUUCAGCCAGGACACAAUGUGUCCCUACGAGCUCUAAGAUAUAUUCUGACAAAGGUCUGUACCCCUCACUUUAAACGUUUAGCAGCUCCCUCAAUGUCAAAACAUAACUACACAAUGCAGAUGGGCCCAGAUAGGCUGCCAAUGUUGAAGUGGUAAGGUACCAAAUAGUCAAAAGCUGCUGCCCGUUACCCCCCAAAAGUUGGGUAACAGGCAACAGCAUGAGCACAACACGGCAGCUGGAUGUUUAUUCCAGGAAGUUUGUUGUUGAAAUGUUCCUUACAGAACUGUCACUUCGCAUAUCUUCAAUUUUUCAUGGGAAUCAUGUCAAACCCUAUUUCUCUGCCCUCAGGAACUUGAUAUGAAAUAUACGCUCUAACAGUUUGGUCUAGGGUACUGUAGAAUAUGUUCUGUCCAUACAAUGACAGAGGUGCUGGGUGGACUCAACCAAAUCAUGUCUCGCUUGAGGGUUUUUGUUUUUUCUCUCAGAGUAGUAAGCCUAAUAUUUCUUGAAAGCGAUUCAUUAUUAUUCAGCUUGAAAAGACUCAGUGUUUAUGUAAGCCGGAGCUCUCUAGAGAGAGUUAUCUCAGAAAGUCCUCUCUUAUGGAAAGAGAGUUUACUAUUACUGAUGUGUAUGCUAAUCCCUGCCCAUGGGAAUAGUUAGUUACAUUCCUUCACCUCACCUUAAGGAAAUACUUUUGUCAUCUCCACUUGAAGACUUUAUGGGUGGAAGGACGAGUACAGAGAUGGGAUUUCUGAGUGUAGGGAUACUGUUGGUGAAUUAUACAUUGAGGGAUACAUAGAUAAACACAUCAUUAUCUCCUUGCCUCCUAGAAAGCAGACGUGGCAGUAGCCCCAUUGACCAUCACCCUGGUGAGAGAGGAGGUGAUCGACUUCUCCAAGCCCUUCAUGUCCCUGGGCAUCUCCAUCAUGAUCAAGAAGCCUACCAAGUCCAAACCUGGAGUAUUUUCCUUCCUGGAUCCUCUGGCCUACGAGAUCUGGAUGUGCAUUGUGUUUGCCUACAUCGGCGUGAGCGUGGUUCUCUUCCUGGUCAGCCGCUUCAGCCCGUACGAGUGGCAGGGGGACGACUCAGAUGGGGAGGAGGGUCAAGAGCAGCAGCAGAGACAGCAGCACAACCAGCCAUCGUCCUCCAGUCCCAGGAGAGAGCCAGGUCAGUCCCAGUCCCAACAGGGCCAAAACCAGGGCCAAGGACAGGGACAGGGACAGGGGCAGGGCGAAGGGCACACCAAUGAGUUUGGGAUAUUCAACAGCUUGUGGUUCUCGCUGGGCGCCUUCAUGCAGCAGGGCUGUGACAUCUCACCAAGGUAG